CUUCUGUGUGUCUGACCCUCCGUCCCUGUCUGAAUGGAGGGAAGUGUAUUGAUGACUGCAUUACUGGGAACCCCUCCUACACCUGCUCCUGCCUUGCAGGCUUCACAGGGAAGAAAUGCCACCUGGAUGUGAAUGAGUGUGCCUCCCGUCCAUGUCAGAAUGGAGGGACCUGUACACACGGUGUAAACAGUUUCCGUUGCCAAUGCCCCCCAGGCUUCAAAGGGCCCACCUGUGGGACAGUGGAAUCCCCAUGUGACACCAAGGACUGUCAGAAUGGUGGAGAAUGCCAGGCUGGAAAUGGGACUGCAGAGUGCAUGUGCCAGUCAGGGUACACAGGAGAAAACUGUGAAAUCGAUAUAAACGAGUGUGACUCUGACCCGUGCAUGAAUGGGGGGAGAUGUGUGGAUCUGGUGGCUAACUACACCUGCCUGUGUUCAGAGCCCUUCCUCGGCCCUCGCUGUGAGUUAGGAGGCCCCAGAAUCCCAAGUGCCUGUCUCUCCAAUCCAUGCCAGAAUGAGGGCACCUGCCUGGAAACAGACCAGGGCUACCUCUGCGAGUGCCCAGAUGGAUACACAGGCUCCGACUGUGCAGAAAAGCUCCCAGAAGACUGUGAGUGCCGGAAUGGGGGGAGAUGCCUCGAUGGAAAUUUCACCCUCUGCCACUGCCCCCCAGGAUAUUUUGGAAUCCUUUGUGAAUUUGAAGUCACCGCCACACCGUGCAACGUAAACACCCAAUGUCCUGACGGCGGUUACUGCAUGGAGUAUGGCGGGAGUUACCUCUGCGUGUGCCACACUGACUACAGUACCAACCACUCUCUGCCCUCUCCCUGCGACUCAGAUCCCUGCCUCAACGGGGGCUCCUGCGAUGCUCAUGAUGACUCCUACACCUGCGAGUGCCCACGAGGCUUCCAUGGCAAGCACUGUGAGAAAGUAAGGCCGAGACUGUGCAGCUCUGGGCCCUGCCGGAACGGUGGGACAUGCAAGGAGUCCAACGGGGAGUACCAAUGCAGCUGCCCCUAUCGGUUCACAGGGAAGCACUGUGAGAUAGGAAAGCCAGAUUCUUGUGCCUCUGGCCCUUGUCAGAAUGGAGGGACCUGCUUCCAUUACAUCGGCAAAUACAAGUGCGACUGUCCACCAGGGUACUCAGGGCGGCACUGUGAAAUAGCUCCCUCUCCUUGCUUUAUGAGCCCCUGUGAAAAUGGCGCCACCUGCAACGAUCUUGGCAAAGACUAUACCUGCCGCUGCCGUGCUGGGUACACUGGGAAACGCUGCCAGUCAGAGGUGGACU